AACCUAUGACUGUCAACUCAGUAUAUUUUUAGUUUUAAUGAGGAAGUCAGUUGAACCAGCAUAUUAUACUUGUUUCCGAAGUCCUUCACUAUGGAUAAUUUCAAAUACAUCGUCAGGCACUUGGUCGUGAAUAUAAGUCCAUACUUGGUGUUAUCCUCUUACAUAUUGGAUGUCGUCUACGCCCUGUUCAAUAUCACGAAUGUUGGCAGGACAAGAGCCGUUGUCCUGGAUGUCCAUGUGGCCUUUGGCUAUAUGUACACCAGCUUCGAUAUUAUCCUGAAUACCGUAGCUAUCAUUCUCAUUAUGUUCACCAGAAAGCAGGACAGUGGAGUCACUAUCCUGCUCAUCGGAAGAGUGAUCCAUCGCAUAUUGUUCACCCUCUGGACCAUGUUUUUCUAUUUCCUGCUCGACGAUGCUUUCGAUGUGGGCUGUAUCUUGAUACUCCUGGCUGCAAAAAUCAGGCAGAAUAAAAGACACGAAUGGGCCAAUUUGGACAGUUGGAAAUUGGAGCUAUUAUUGCUGGUCGGAAGACUUUGUAUGUGCUCCAUUUUUAUUGUAUGGCUGGAUGAGGAAGCGAGUAACAUUUUCUACAUCAUUUCUGUGGCACUAUUAUUUCCUCUAAGUUUGGGCUUAAGCUGCCAAAUUUUUUCAUUUCUCACAAUCUGUGCCAUACUCUACCAUGACAUUUUUAGCAACCAAGCCAGCUUCGUAACGGGCUGGGACGAUUCGUUUCUCUCGGUGGAAUAUUUCAUGGUUAUGUUCUCAAAACUAGGCGGAUUUUUGCUGCUUUCUGUGCUGGGUGGUGGCAAGUGGUCCAUCGAUGGAUUCAGAAACAGAAAAGCCGAAAAACGAGACCAGAAAUCAGGCUAUCGACUCAUGAAAAAUCAAACGACUGCCUAGACCGUUUUUUCCCUCAGAUUGUAAACUGUAUCUGUUUUACCAUGGAAACAUUUGUGGGAUUUACAUAAACUUUAAUGGCACAUAUAUAUAUAUAGUAGUCGCCUGUGGUGCAGCUAAUGCUUA